UUUCCCUUCUUACGACUUCACGUUUCAAGAGACAGGAACCUAGAGAGCGUUUAAAACAGAAAAAACCUUAGAUUUUACUACGGUUUGCUUACGGUUCAAAAUUUAUCAUCUUUCAGCAGCAACAGAAGUGCUUUCUUUCUGUGGUCCUACGUUUGUUCGGUCCUAUUCCGGUUCGCCGUUCGCAUGAAGGUAUUUGUCAAUCCGUGAGGUCCGUGGCUGGCGUGGCGUGAUCCUAUCGCGUGGCUAUCGUUGAUUCUGAGAUUUAUUGGUGUCAAUCCGUUUGCCUCCGUUGCUUCGAUUCCGGUGACAGUAGGCCGUUGUUAGAGACAGGAAAGUCAGUGUGUACAGUGUUGACUUGAAAAAAAAGACAAAAAAAAAAACAUCCAAGCUUUGCUGUUCUGCUCCUAUGACUUCAUCGAGUGCAGCUUGAAAGCGGAUAGAUUGAUGUGAUGGAAUUAAUUGAAUUAACGAAGAUUUGUGGCCCCGUUUUGUGAUUUCUGUCUUACAUUUCAAGUUUGUCGAGAUAUCUGGCUUUAAGUGCACGUUUUAUCGGAAUUCAGGCUACAGUGGAUUUUACUUACACAUGUGAAGGCAGUCAACAUUUUCCACCAUGAUUGAUCAGCAACAACAGUUGGGGUUUUGUAAGUGAAUUCCACUGGAUAUGAAAGCCGGUGAUGGACUCUCGGUAUUGACACCGGCGGCAAAUGAAAACAACAACAAUUUAAACAACGUCAUCAACAACAACACCGGAACCACUGGAUCGGCCAACGGUCAAUGUGCCAACAACAACCAUAAUAGUGCUAGUAAAACAUCCUCACUACAAGCAACCUGUUCACCGGUCCAGUUGACCACAGCUGUGACCACACCGCCCUCGGCGUCCGGACUUCCGGUGGCCGGCAUGGGGGCCUCGUUAGUCGAGCGCCUGGCAAUUGGAGUGGAGGCCCACUCGAGUCCGGCGACGAAUGCCGGAUCCGCUGCCAUCAACUCUUCUUCCGCCGCUCUGUGUGGCCAAUGUUGCAGCCCUAUCUGUGAUCGGUACAUAAUGAAGGUGGUGGACAUUUCGUACCACGAACGGUGUUUGCAGUGCACUUCCUGUUCCAUUCGGCUGAUGCAUUCCUGCUUCAUGCGGGAUGGGAAAUUGUACUGCCGUUUCGACUACGAAAGAUUGUACGGCCGGAACAGAUGUCUCGGAUGUGGUGAAAAGAUCGGCGCCGACGAGCUGGUAAUGCGAGCGCUCGAUAAUGUGUUCCAUCUCAAGUGCUUUAUCUGUGUGGUGUGCGGCAUCCGGCUGCAGAAGGGUGAUCAAUAUGUCAUUAAGCAGAGUCAGCUCUUCUGUCGGCCGGACUACGAGAAGGAAGUGGAAAUGUUCCAGGGAUAUGGUUACGAUGAUUAUUGCUGUGAUGAUAUCUUUCAAACCCGAAUCGAUGGUCGGCGGGGGCCAAAGAGGCCUCGUACCAUUCUCACAACUCAACAGCGUCGAGCUUUUAAAGCAUCGUUUGAAAUUUCGCCCAAACCGUGCCGCAAGAUACGGGAAGGGUUGGCAAAGGAUACCGGACUGAGCAUACGAAUUGUUCAGGUGUGGUUUCAAAAUCAACGAGCCAAAAUGAAAAAGAUCCAGAAGAAACAGCUCAAAGACGGAAACAAAGCCAACCAAAACAACGCAAACAAGGGAAACGAAUCCCAAGAUGAACUGUCGGAUAACGAGACGAAACUUCCGCUCAAGAUUAAGGAUGAGAAUUCUAGAUCCAACAAUUAUCUCCACGACAGCUGCAGUGACACUGAAGGUGGUAUCAACGAUAACGAUUCCUAUGUAUCACGGAUUGGAUCAGGAGCAGAACCCUUUAAAUCGGUUAAGGAAGAACUCGAUAUGGACGAAGAGUACUUCAGAAUGAUGAACGCGGCGGCUCGAUUUGCUGGGAAAAAUUUUGAAGAUCCAUCGAACAUUGUGAAAAGCGAGAAUGUUUCGCUCAGCACGAUGAUGGGCAUGGAGUACCCUUCACUGCAACAACUGACAACUGCGAGCCUUUCGAUGAAUGCUGCACCCCACGCGCCCUUGCUGAAUCCGAUCGAUCGGCUCUAUUCCAUGCAAAACUCAUACUUCAAUAGCAACGCAGAUGGUCAUCAAACAGGCGCCGGCGGAACACCGGAACAGCAACCGCCUCCUCCUCCUCAGUCGGCCGGUGGUGCGGCCAAUCUGCCACACCACGUCCACAGCCAGCAACAGCAGCAGCAGCACCAUCUCCAACAUCAUCCGCCGCCUUCGCAUCAUGCAUUGCCAAGUGGUGUAGUGCUUCAUCAUCCGUCGGGCGGGUCUCCGAACGGGACCGGAACUUCGAUUGGCCCCAUCCCACCGCCAGCACAUCAGCAAUCAAAUCACGGCCAACAUCCUUUACAUCCACUCCAGCAGCAUCAGCAGCUUCACCUUCAUCAUCCGCUUCAUCACCAUCAUCAUCAUCCCCCACCCCAUCAGCAGCACUAACCGUAAAUCAAUCAAAUUC